CGUGACGUCGGCGGAUGUUAAUGGACCGGCUCGUUAGUGACCAGACGCCGCUGGAGUAGUUUAGUUUAGCUAAGAAACUGGUUGAAACUUGUGAAAAGUGCUCAGAAACGCGCUCGCCUCGGUUUAACCGGCUGCUGUGGUGUGUGUGAGUGAUGUCGGACUGGGAGGAUGAGUAUGACGAGGCUGGGAAGGCCGUUUCAGGACCCUCAGCUGUGGUUACCGCUCCGCGGACAGAGUGGCGGCCGCCGGCGGCCUCCUCCUCCUCCUCCUACCGCGGGGGGACCGGGAGCGCUUACCGCGGGGGGAAAGGUGGAGGUGGUGAAGGAGAGGAGCAGCAGGGGAGCCGCUCAGACUGGAGGAACUCCAGAGAACAGCGCGGAGAGACCAGUUAUCGCAGUGACAGUGGGAGCUGGAGGCGUGCUAGUGAUAAUGGAGGUGGUGGUAAUGAUGGUGGUGGUGGUAGACCAGGCUCAGCUCGCCCCGUGUUAAUUUCAGUAGAAAACUCUAUGAUAGGGCGAGUUAUAGGUCGAGGCGGUGUGAAAAUCCGGGAACUGCAGGACUCCAGUGGUGCGAGAAUAAAGGUUAACCGUGGAGAUUAUGAGGGAGAGGUGCUGAUCUUUGGAAGCAGUGAUGUUCAGCAAAAAGCCAAGGAUAUGAUCGAGGAGUUGAUAUCUGGGAGUUCCAGUGGACCUCGAUUCAACAAUGGUAGUGAGAGGUCAGGAGUGAGAAAUGAUUCCUGCUGGCCAGCGUCUGCUUUGCAGGCGUCCACUGGCCCUGCUACCACACCCAUAGACUGGACUAACAUAAGGGAGAACAGGGAGAAAUACGAGACCAUGAAAUGGCAAGAUCUUCCACCUCUAAAGAAGAACUUCUACAUUGAGGAUGAGGCAGUGGCCAGGCGCAGUGCUGAGGAGAUCACAGUAUGGAGGCAAGAGAAUAACAAUAUCUUUGUGGAUGACCUGAAAGAGGGUGAAAAAAGAGUCGUUCCUUAUCCAGUAUACACUUUCCUUGAGGCUUUUCAGCACUAUCCUGAAAUCAUGGAGAAUAUACACAGAGUGGGCUUUCAGAAGCCGACUCCCAUUCAGUCCCAGGCUUGGCCUGUGGUCCUGAAAGGCCUAGACCUGAUUGGAAUUGCUCAGACUGGAACUGGGAAGACCCUGGCCUAUUUGCUUCCUGGCUUCAUCCACAUGGACGAGCAGCCUGUACCCAGGAACAAGCAAAGUGGCCCUGGAAUGCUGGUCUUAACUCCUACUCGAGAGCUGGCACUCCAGAUAGAAGUAGAGUGCAACAAGUACAGCUAUAAAGGAUUCAAAAGUAUCUGUGUUUAUGGAGGAGGUGACAGACGGGCACAGAUAAAGAUGGUGACCAGCGGCGUGGACAUUGUGAUUGCAACACCAGGGCGAUUGAACGAUUUGCAGAUGAACGAACUCAUCAACUUGCGUUCCAUCACCUACCUGGUACUGGAUGAGGCAGACCGGAUGUUGGAUAUGGGGUUCGAACCUCAAAUUAUGAAGAUCAUCCUGGACAUUCGGCCUGACAGACAAACGGUCAUGACCAGUGCUACUUGGCCAGCAGGAGUAAGACGUUUGGCCAGGUCCUACCUCAAAGAUCCUAUGAUGGUGUAUGUGGGCACCUUAGAUCUGGCGGCUGUGAAUACCGUGCAGCAGACUGUCCUGUUUGUGCAGGAAGAGGAGAAGAAGGCUUAUGUGUUCGACUUCAUUCACAAUAUGGAGCCUCUGGACAAAGUCUUGAUCUUUGUUGGCAAGAAGAUUGUGGCAGACGAUUUGUCCAGUGAUCUUUGUCUGCGGGGGAUAGCGGUACAGUCCCUGCAUGGGGACAGAGAACAGUGUGACCGUGAGGAGGCUCUACAAGACUUCAAAGAUGGCCGUGUUCGCAUUCUUGUGGCCACGGACCUCGCCUCGAGAGGAUUGGAUGUUCAUGACAUCACACAUGUCUUUAAUUAUGACUUUCCUCGGAACAUUGAGGAGUAUGUUCAUCGGGUUGGGCGUACUGGUCGUGCAGGACGAUCCGGAGCCUCUGUGACCCUCAUAACAAGAGGAGAUUGGAAAUGGGCAGCUGAGCUUAUACACAUCCUGGAGCGUGCUGGCCAGGAGGUACCAGAUGAGCUGGUACUGAUGGCAGAGCGCUAUGACAAACAUCAGAGAGAGAAAGAAAUGUUCCCUGCCAAAUCCAGAGGUGGGAGAGAUGAAAGAGGUGGUGGAGGUGGAAGAAGAGGUGGAAGUCGAGGAGGUGCGAGAGAGGGUGGUGGUGGUGGUGGUGGAGGUGGAUUUUGGGGUCAGAAAGAAAGAAGGUCCAGAGAAGAUUCGAACUGGCAUUUCUGAUCUCAGAAAGGUUAAGUUUUUCAUUAACCUCAAAAAAAGACAUGUAUGUGCGUUGUUUGCUAUGAAUCACCACACCUUGACCCAUGUGUGCUAAAAUUGUACCCUUUACGACACUUGGUUUUCCAUUGAGAUGACAGAUGAUGGUUAAAAAUCUUUAACAUUUAUUACUAGUAUACUGUUGCUGUCAGGAAAAGUGUGCUUCACUUUUUCAUGCAACUGUAACAGUUGAAUGGACAACAAGAAAAGCUCCAAAAUCUUUCAAAAGUAUUUCGUAUGAAAGUUUUUUUUUUCCUUAUCCUGUAAAAUAA